UGGUUUCGGCCUGGGGUAAUGGCCCAGCUUCUCCCACCGCACCUCCUUGGUUUCAGCUAGCAAUGAAGUUUUCAAAGACUCCGGUCGCAACCACAACUGUUCAACCUUCCACCAAGACAUCGAUAUCACGUCCAUCGCCAACUGCAGGGGAGAGACAUACAACAAUAACUGAACUUGAUACAUCGUUUCCAGAGCAAUCUAUCAGUCCUCCCGACCCCAGCACAGCAACAACAAUGAAAUCCGAGUCGGACAACACCAAACCAUUUUCAAUGCCCAUCUAUGAAACAACUGAGCACCCGGAGACACAACUACCAACUGACUUUGCCACAGAAUCCGACCAUUCGUCUGCGGUACUAUCCCAACGCUCCAUCAUCAUUAUUUCAGCAUCCGCAACUGAGCACCCACAGACACAACGACCAACUGACCUUGCCACAGAAUCCGACCAUUCGUCUGCUGUACUAUCCCAACGCUCCAUCAUCACCAUUUCAGCAUCCGUAGGCAUCAUCAUGCUGAUAUCUAUCACAGUGCUUAUCAUUCGCCUACGUCAGUGUCGAUCAUCAAAGGCUGGACAAGGAGAAAUGCGUUCAAAAAUCUCUCCUGGAAGCACAAGGACAAAGGAAGAGGGAAGGCAGCAUGAACCAAACAGCUUUUUGCAACCACAGACAUCUAGGUCGUGCGAAGCACAGCUUGUGGCGGGUGCGUCGCCUUCAGAAUCGAAUGUAUCCAAACAAAGUCAAAUUGCGAUCCAGUCUGAUUUCGCCAUGUACGAAACAAUCCUAGAUGGUGAUAAAGCAGCCUCCAACGUGGCUUGUCCCGUUAAGGAUGGCCAUGCCACAGCAGUUCCCAUGUACGAGAGUACAGCUUACAUCAGCCUUGAAAGGUCUUGCGAUGUCACGCAGAGCGAUGCAUACGGGUUGCCAACUGAUAUGUAACACUGCGUUUUUUGUUACUUUUUGCUUGACUGAUGCUCUUAGCUGCACAGUUUAACUACAAUAAGAUAAGGUGCUGCGGAGUAGGUAAAUUCUUUCAGUGAAGCACUCCAACUCAAAUCCAUUCACUUUUCCCAGUUUUGGCCCGUGGCAGAUAUCUAUUACAUGUGUCUGUUUUGGAAGCGUUAUAUAUUCGUAAGUUGUCCCCUGAACCAUGUGUUCAGAAGGAAAAUGUUUUGUCACUUCAGUUGUUUGGCGCUAAUCCUCGUGAAAGUGUCAGGAAUGCUGUCCUUCAUUGAUGUUUUCAUAAAGUUUUAGUCAUUUCUUCACCUUCACCCUGUUUUUGACCUGUUCAGCUGAAUGGUAUUUUUCCACACGUAUAGUGUGAGGUUCUCGAUCUAUGCUUUUGCUGCAGCUCUAUGAGAUGCUGUAUUUUGACAUUUUUUCCAUUAUUCCCUGUACUCACCCAUGAUGAGUACGUAACGAAAACAUUCGGUUACUAAAUUGGCUUUACAUGACUGUGCGGAUGGCGUCAGUGCUGACAACUUUCCAUUCGAAAUUGGUUACGUCUCAAAUUGUUUCCUCCAUUCACUUGAAUUAUUUUAUUUUUCAUUUUACGGCCUGCAAUUGUACACCAAGAGAGACUGUUCAGGAUUGCUUCCGUAUUGUAAACAUUGGGUGUUUUCAUGAGUGCCUACAAACUUCGGAUUCUGCUUCGUACAAACGAGGAAUGGACAUAUUGUAAUGCGUGUGAAGAAUAUGACGCUACUGCAGUUCUCACGUUCUAAAUACUAACCGGCCCUACUGUUACCAAAUUUACAAUUUUUUUCUCC